GUUUGCUGGGCAAAGCAGCAAUGUUUACAAUAUUUUCAGAUCAUCACUUUUUUCUAUUAAAUUUUAGCGUUUUUACUUUGUGUGGGCUUUUAAGCCAUUAAAUGAGUAACUAAAACGUUACAGCUGGGCGCGAUUCCCCCACGAUAAGCAACGAAAGUGAAAGUGCCAGCGAUAACGAUGGCCACCAAGGAAUGCGACGAUAAAAGUGAUAUAAAAAUCAAGGAAAAGCUUAACCUGCACGUCAAGAAACGUUUGCAGGAAAAUGGAAAAGAUGCAUCGCGAGAGAAAACUGAUUCCAAAGACCGGAGCAUCCCUGCCAACACGGCAGCAGCCUCCAGCUCGUCCGCUGCUCCUCCGCGCGCUAAAAGGCAGAAAACCACCAAAAGUUCCUCAAAACAGACCACAAACGCAUCAGUAGCCGGAACAGGUUCAUCGAUUGCUUCGACAGCAACUCGAUCCAAUGAUCUGCUCCUUUCGCCCGGAGCGGCCAACAGUAACGAUACGACCAACAGCAGUAUCAAUUCCACCGACCAGGACGGCGAGCUCAAUGAGCGGGACACGUGCGACAAAGGUGAUAAGGGAGCAGGAAAGUCCAACCAGCGGGUUGAUAUAUUUGCAAUGAUAUUGAAUCAAAAGAAAAGCUCCCUGCUGUGCGAUCCGGAGGUGAUUCAGUUUAUGAAAAACCUGACCGAGGGCAAGAAAUGAACAUCCCAACGUUGACAUCCAAUUUGUGUUCAGUUUAUUCUCGUACUCUAGGGCAAGUUUGCAUAUUUGCUUAAGUAAUGUGCAGUGUGAAAUUAGCACUGGACUAUGUGAAACAUCAAAGCUUAGAGCAGAUUAAAAUAAUAAAAGAAAUAGAGCUAAACCAACUAAAAAUUCCGAUGAAAGAAGUUUU